AUGCUCUGGCAGAAGUUCACAGCGCAAAGGAAGCGUCUAGCCAGCCUGUUGCUGGUAGUGGCGGACCCUCCCGCUCUGCUACGUGUCGGCACGUCUGUAGUCGAGAAUGAGGACACUGCAACUGCACAAGUCGAGAGGGUACAAACUAGUGCUGACGAUCGCCAACUCGUCUCGCUUGGCCAAGAAUUAGCCAAGAAGGCCCGCGUGCUGCAGCGCUUCGAGGUGACCUGGGACCUCCCUCAAGCUUGGUAUCGGUGGCGGCAGAUUUUCCACGCGCAGCUCUUCUACCGCAUGCGCCUCCUGCAGCUCCUCUUCAUCUGCUGGCAGCGAUUCGCCCACCAGCAGCGCCGGAGCCGAUGGAUCGUCAUCAAGCUCACGAAGCAGCGCCAAGCGGUGUCAGCGCAGACCGUUUUUCUAGCUUGGAAGGAGCUCGUGGGCCGAGUCAAGCAGCUUCAGAGGGACCGCCUACGCGAGCGUGAGCUCUGGGUCUUGGUCAACACGGAGAUGGCUCGACGAGAGCGGAAGCAGCUUAAAACGCACUGGCGGGCGUGGAAAUUCCACGUCCAAGAGGCUCGACACCUGCAGGCGAGUCUGGACGCGUACCAUCGCGCUCGGCUAUUGACAAAAUACUGGCUGGUCUGGUGCCACGACUUCCGAAACGUGAUGGUCGAGGCUCAUCGCGAAACACAGCGCGUCAAGGCUCACAUGGACGCCUUCCAUCUGCGUCGCGCGGCUCGAAGUCUCCGAGAUAAUCAGCAGCGAACUAAGCGAGCGCGACUCGUGCUGGAAUACUUCGGCAACCGACACUACGAUACGUUGCUGCCGGAGGUUUUGACACGUUGGCGGAAGUGGUGUCAACGUCAGAAGCAGACUUCCCGAUGUCUCGAUGAGCUCCGACUGCGAAAGACGCAGCGUCACUUUGUCACUUGGAAGACUUGGAAGAAUACGCAAAGGUGGCAGCGAGUUGCAGUGGAUAGUCUGCAGUUGAAGAAUGUUGAACAGAGACGUCGAGAGGUUUGGACGAGGUGGAGGAGGUUCACGAAGAACCAGGUUGUGAAGGACCUGGCACUGCAGAAAGCGAUGGUCUUCCACAUCCGCAAUAGACUGCGAAGGGGGUGGCUUAAAUAUACUCAACGCGCUGUUCAACUACGCGAACAAGCUGAAGCUGCGCACGAGCAGUUGUGCGUCUUCCGAGGACAUCGAGCGGUGAGUCGCUGGCGCGACUUCAGCCGCGCGCGUCGGUUGCGUCGAUUGUAUCAGCGUUUUGUGCUGAGGAAGCACCUUCAGCUGUGGCAGUCGGCAGUAAAACACGCGAUGGCCACGCGCUUCGAUGAGUUCUUGCUGAGCUCCAAGGCGAAGAAGAUGCUGGCUGCAUGGCGACAAGUUGCAGCCAAGCACCUGUACUGGCGCCAGCUUUGUGCGUCUUUCGUGGGCAAACAGGAGACUCGAACCUCUCAGCGCUCGUUCCUGCGUUGGCAGCAGUUCGUCAACGCGAAACAAGGCAAGCGACUCGCUGCAAUGCACGCGGAGCAGAGUCUUCUGCGCAAAGUGUGGCGGUGCUGGAGCCACGCCACCUUGGCCUCUCAACUGCAGCGACACGAGCAAUUCGAACACGCCGCAGAGCACGAGGCACUGACACUGCUACGCCGAAGUCUCGGUGUGUGGCAAGCCGCCGUCAAGAAGCAACGUGAACGUCGCUUUGUGUUGCUCUCGUGUGUCGUCAAGCUCAAGUAUGUGGCCGGUCAACGCGUCCAAGAGGUCGUAUUCCGAGCGUGGAGGCGGGUGGUUGACCACGAACGUCGAUGCAGAGCAGCCCUACUCAAGCGGGACAGUAUCAUCGCCAAGCGUGCUCUUUCCUUCUGGUUCGUGAGGACUAAAGACCGGCAACGCAGACGGCAGCAGCUCGAGAGCGCUGGUAACUACCACGCGCAGCGGCUCAAGAGCGCCGUCUUCUUCUACUGGCAGACGUACGCGCUCGCGUGGCAAGACGCGGCUAAGCCCAUGGCUCGGCGUCACGACCGUCAGUUGUCAGUGCCGGCCAAACUCUCGGCGGAACCUCGACGCUCCGACGUCUUUGAGGACAGCGACGACUCUGACGCGGACGUUCGACGCCCGACGAGUCCCGUCGUGAAGCGCUUGAGGGAGAAGACGAACGCCAACAGGACGAGAACCGGUGAGGAGACUGUUGCUGCUGAGUCGUCCGAGACCGUGGCGCUGUCCGAUGCGGUGGAAAUAUCCAUGGACGUGAAGAAGCGUCUGCUGCUGCUCGGCAAGUGGAAGCCGCCGGUGAAUGGCAGGAGGUACCUGUCGUCUUCAAGUUGA